CUUCUGGGACUGUUGAUGAAAUCUGCCGACGGAUCCGGAUCUAGCAACAGUAGCAUCUCUACCUUAACUAUUGUUGGGAUCGGAGGGGUCGGAAAGACUACUCUUGCUCAGCAAGCGUACAACCACGCGAGGGUGCAGGACUGUUUUCAGCUUAAGGUCUGGGUCUGUGUAUCCGACAACUUCAACGUGGAGAGGCUUACCAAAGAGAUCAUAGAAUCCUUAACCAGGAAUACGUGUGAUCUCAAUAACUUUGAUACACUUCAAGUGGUAGUUAAGGAGAAGUUGACCUCAAAAAGGUUCCUGCUUGUCCUCGACGAUGUGUGGAGCGAGGACAGCCUGAAAUGGGAAAGAUUUUGUGCACCAUUGAAGCACGGAGAACCCGGAAGCAAGAUUUUGGUUACGACUCGCUCUAAAAAGAUUGCAGACAUGGUUGGCAAUCCGUUCCCUCUAGAUGGUCUGGAUGACGCCAGCUAUUGGGAAUUUUUCAAGCAAUGUGCAUUUGGUUCCGAAUACGCCGGUGAAUGUCCACAGCUAGAAGCCAUAGCAAAGAAGAUCGCUUACAGGUUGAAUGGGUUGCCACUUGCGGCAAGGACGGUAGGCGGGUUGUUGAAGCCGCAGAUGAAUGAGAAGCACUGGAGAAACAUCGCAGGGAGUGAAAUCUGGCAACUACAGCAUGACGAAAAGGGUGUCCUGCCAGUCCUACAAUUGAGCUAUCAAUGUCUUCCCCCAUACCUUAAGCGGUGCUUUGUUUUUUGUUCCCUGUUCCCCAAAGAUCAUCGAUUUUAUGAAGGAGAUGACUUGGUCCGGCUUUGGAUGGCAGAAGGCUACGUUGCUCAAGACAACAAUAUGACGAUCGAGGAUACAAGAAGCCUCUACUUCAUUGACUUAGUGAAUAGGUCUUUCUUUCAGGAAGGUCCUGUGGGAUGGGAAUAUAUGAUGCAUGACCUGAUACAUGAUCUUGCUCAGUUUAUUUCAGAGGGGGAGUUUUGCAUGAUCGAUGAUGAUGAGUCGAAAGAGAUCCCUAAUACGAUUCGUCAUCUGUCAGCAACAUUAACCGAUAAAACUAAGUUAAUGGAGUUCUCCUGUUAUGAGAAAUUACGGACCCUCAUGAUCAAUUAUAAAAGUCAUUGGCAUGACAUUGGAGUCGAGGGCUCUUUGUUCCUCCAGUUUGAAAGAUUAAAAAACAUUCGAGUGUUGAUAUUACAGAGGUGUGGCUUGCGGGAGUUGCCUGAGACAAUUGGUGGCUCGAUACACCUCCGCUAUCUUGACAUAUCUCACAACUUCUACUUUAGGAGGCUGCCGGAGUCGUUAUGUGGUCUUUACAAUUUGCGAGUACUGGAUCUGUGGGGCUGUGAACUACAGAGUUUCCCGCACGGCAUGAGUAAGUUGAUCAACUUGAUGCAUCUUAAUGCAGAAGACAAAAUAAUUUCCGAGAUAAAUGAUGUUGGGAAGCUGACUUCUCUUCAAGGACUGUGUUCAUUUAAAGUACUCAAGGAUAAGGGACACGAGGUUGCCCAAUUAGGCAGUCUGAAAUAUCUUCAUGGAGAACUUCGAAUUACCAGCCUUGAGAACGUUGAGAGUCAACAAGAAGCAAACAAGGCUAAUCUGAACAACAAACAGUACCUUGGUGCACUGGCCUUAGAAUGGACAUCGGAUGAUGGCUCCAGUUUGGACGGCAACGAAUUAGUUGGGUCGGAGGAGGUACUUGAAGGUCUCCAACCACAUCAGGCUCUCCAACGUUUGAUGAUCGUAGGGUACAUUGGUGUCAGAUCACCCAGUUGGCUGCAGGCACAAUUGUUAGCGAAUCUGAGAACUCUUAGAUUGAUAAACUGCAAAGCAUGGAAGGAUCUUUCAUAUAUUGGACAGCUACCGAAUCUCAAGAAACUUUACGUGAAGGGAAUGCCUGCAGUGAAACAAAUAAGUCAUGGAUUAAGUACAGAGAGCAAGUUCUUGCCUAAUCUGGAAGAGCUAGUGCUGGAGAACAUGGUGGCACUGGAGGAACUCCCGAGUCUUGGACAACUGCCGUAUCUCAAGGUUCUUCGCAUCGAGAGAAUGCCGGUAGUGAAGAAGGUGGGCGAUGGAUUCUUUGGUUCUAGAGACCAAGACAAGUGUUUUCCUAGCUUGGAGGAGCUCAAGUUUAGGGGCAUGCCACAAUGGGAAGAGUGGUCUUGGGCUGAUGGCCGACAGCUGUUUCCCUGCUUGCGAAUUCUUGAAAUUGUACGGUGCCCGAGGCUUAAGAGGUUGCCACCCCUCCCUCCGCUUGAAACAUUAAGAUUAGAUGAAGUCGGAUUGACAGAAGUUGCAGGGUUACGGGAAGGAAUCCAUGGAGGCGGCAGUUGUAUAACUGCUUCUCUUUCAUCAUUAGAAAUAAUUCAAUGUCCAAAUCUAAGAAAUCUGGAAGAAGGGUUGCUAUCGCACAGCUUCCAAAAUAUCCGUGACAUUGCGAUAUUGGAAUGCGCUGAACUCGUGUGGCUGCCGGUGAAGGAGUUUAAAGAGCUCACCUCCCUUGAGAAGUUGUCAAUCCGCAGUUGCCCGAAGCUCUUGAGCAUGACGCAAGAUGGGGACAAUGACAUCCUCCUCCCACCCUCAAUCAAGCAACUAAUGCUGUCUGACUGUGGGAAUCUGGGAAAAUUGCUACCGGGCUUCCUGCACAAUUUGACCUCACUCACACGAUUGGAAAUAUGCGGCUGCUCGUCCAUAGAAUCUCUUCCAGAAACGUCGCUGCUUCACCUGAAACGACUUGAAUAUCUGAAGAUUUGGAAAUGUGGUGAGUUGAGAUCAAUAGACGGGUUGCGAGUUCUGGAAUCCCUCAGAGAAUUGACCAUCAAACUAUGUCCCAAGCUGUUGCUGAAUAAAGGGAAUGAGCAAGUGGAGGGUUUGUCGCUGCCUAAAUUAUGCAUCGACGACACAGCCCUGUUCAAACUAUCGCUCUUAAGAAGGACACUUCCAUCCGUCCGUGCUCUCACAAUCUCAAACUUUCCUCGAGCGACGAUGUCUGAUGAGGAGGAGCAGUUGUUGCGAAGCCUCACAGCUCUCAGAUCGCUAGAAUUCUUCAAUUGCGAGAAUCUACAAUCGCUACCGAGAGAGUUGCAUGCCCUUUCCUCCCUCCGGCUUUUAAAAAUAAUUAGAUGUCCGAAGAUUCAGGUGCUACCUGAGAAGGGGCUACCGACGUCCCUCACGAAUCUAAUUUUCAGUUAUUGCCAUCGGAUGCUGAGGGAGCAGCUGGAAAAGCACUUGGCCGAGAUGAAGAGCUCGGGUUGAUUUUUGGCUGUUGAUCCAUUGGAGAUACGUGAAGGUACAUCACAUCCAACCAUUGGGUUUUCGUUGUUUUCGGAUGGUUUUCCUUCCAAGUCUGUGAGACCACUCAGUAAUAGCUAGAUUUUUAUGCAAGAACAUAUAACUAAAUACAAGACUUAGUAAGGGUUUAAUUGUAAAAGGCACAAUUUAUUUCACUACAUUUAUGUU